AUUCAUGGUGCAGUACGGGUGCACCGCCCCCCAAAUCAGGGUCGUUUCAUGUGCUGCCUUCAUGGUCUCCUCUUGUGCUCAUACUUUACGCAUUUAUUAAUUUAAAUACGACCUGUUGCACAUGGAGCCUCAGUGUUUGGUCGAUAAAAGGAACUAAAUUCAUUCAUUGUGUAGCAGAAUAAUAAUUGUUUGCCUAAAUUGGUUAAUUCAUUAUAUAAAGUGACAGAUACCUUAUUUGUGUCAUAGCGCGAGGAAAAGAGGAAAACGCACAAAUAAUUGAUUUUUUUAUUUGACUGAUUAUCAAAAUUUAUAUAAUAGGCUAAUCACCUAUAUAUUAAGUUGCUCAUUUACCCAGUGCGAUUCAUUCACUACUUCAUAGUUAAUAAAUCAAGCUGAUAACUUUGAGAUUUCCGACAGUCAGUAAAGGCAGCAUUAGAGCAGCUCAGAUCAGGAAGUUAAAGUUUCUCUCUGCCGUCCGGACACUGAACAACUCUCCAUGGAGUGCAAUCAAAACUGAGUUACACGCCGGCUCUUGUCCUUUAGCGUCCCUGUAUUAGCGGUCCUCAGUAAAUAUGGUCAAACACAAGCAGCCAGAAUGGAGUCGGUGUUGUUGAGGCCUGUGCUGAUGUUGUUUUCGUGUUGCAAGCCUAAUAAAUAUGCUGCACGACUCAAUGUACCGUUAGUGGGUCUCUCCGCCUUUAAGUAUCUCCAGUGCUCCUCACUGAGGAGCAGCUCGAGGUGUGGUAGUGAGCCCAUGGAGAGGCCAGCCGUCUCAGACAGAGCAGAUCUGGAGGAGAGCAAAGGCCUGGUGGAGGUGGAUGGCAGAGUGCUGAGAGGGGCAGAAGGUGGGGAGGCGGACCCUCAGACUCCAAGGAAGAGCAGCUCCUCCCGCAAGAGCUUCCGCCUGGACUACCGGCUGGAGGAGGACGUGACGAAGUCGUGUCGGGACAAUCAUGGCCGCUGGACCAACCCCUGGCCCACAUGGAGGUUCCCUUCCUACUCGACCCUGCUCAGGUUCCUGCUGUUGGACAAAAAUCACAGCAACGUGCCAACUAGUAAAGAGGUCCUCGACAAUGAGCUCCCAGUCAUGGUGCCGUACUUCAUCCAGAACCCACAUAUUGAUGGCGAGAUCCGCUCCACUUCCCCCUCCGACGCUGCUCCGGGUCUCAGAGUCACCUGGUUGGGUCACGCCACCGUUCUGGUCGAAAUGGACGGGCUGAAUAUUCUGACGGACCCCAUUUUCAGCCAGCGUGCCUCACCGGUCCAGUUCGUGGGGCCCAGAAGGUACCGAGGGCCCCCCUGCACUGUGGAACAGCUGCCCAGGAUUGAUGCUGUUGUGAUCAGUCAUUCUCAUUAUGAUCAUCUGGAUGCUGGAUCUGUUGCUAGUCUCAACGCACGCUUUGGAGGGGAGCUACGCUGGUUCGUGCCCCUGGGUUUGAUGGACUGGCUGGUGAAGGUGGGCUGUGAGAAUGUGAUGGAGCUGGACUGGUGGGAGGAGAACUGUGUCCCAGGUCAUGAUGACAUCACAUUUGUCUGCACACCCGCACAACACUGGAGCAAACGCUCCGCGCUGGAUGACAACAAGUCUUUAUGGGGGAGCUGGACUGUUCUGGGUCCUGACCACCGUUUCUUCUUCGCUGGUGACACCGGCUACUGCUCCUCCUUCCAGGAGAUUGGACGACGCUUUGGUCCAUUUGACCUCGCAGCAAUCCCUAUUGGAGCAUACCAUCCCAGGGAUGUGAUGCAAGGGCAGCAUGUCGACCCAGAAGAAGCUGUUCAGAUUCACCAAGAUGUCCAAGCCAAACGCUCACUAGCCAUUCACUGGGGAACGUUUGCCCUCGCCUAUGAGUACUAUUUGGAACCACCGGUUCGUCUCAGAGAGGCCCUGGAGCAGAAAGGGCUGAAGCCAGACUCCUUCUUCACCUUGCACCAUGGUGAGUCUUGCCUUAUAAGGUCACAUGAAGAGGAGGUGUUUGACUGAUCAGACCGAUGAGAGUCUCCACGCACACCGCUGUCCCGCAAAUAUUUGAGAAUGUCAAGUCUUUUGUUUUUGAUUAGGUGUUGUACCAGAUGUUGUUGUGUACACAUCGUAUCUCAUUCACAGUGACUCAUAAGCUCUCCUCCUGACUACAAGAGGAUGAAGUCAUAUUAUUCAGUAUACUGAGACUUCAGUGCUACUCAUCCUAUUUUCUGUUGGGUUUUGUGUGCUGAAUAAGGUUGUGUCAGUUAUAAAAGGUGAGAAUAUUUUGUUUACCACAUACAGAUGGAUACUGUUGAUUAGCAUAUGAAAAUGCACAUAAACAGCUCAUCCCAACUGUAAGUAGGAUAUGAAAAUACUGUAAUAUUGUUUGAUUGUAAACACACUGAAUGUUUGCCCUGGCGUUAUGUAGUCAAGACAGGGAAUAUUAUCUAGCGGUGCUGCACCUCCACUUGAACAAAUUUGAUCAGUGUACAAUUUUUUCAAAAUGCAUUUUAAUUGCUUCUGGCACAGAUCUAGUCUUAUGGCUCAUGAGGAGAUUUUUCCAUGUAUUCAGCCAUUGUAUGUGUGCCAGAAAGAGUCAAAAUCAGAUCUUCUGCAGCUGUGUGACCAAUAUGUUUUUCCACUGCAUCAGUGUGCUGCACCGGACCCACACUGGCACACUCCAAUGUGGUUUUCCAUUGUGUUUUGUGAACAGCACUUCGUAAGACCAGUGUUGGUACAGUGCAACACUUUCUCAAAUGAAAACUAUAAUAAGGCUCAGAUACCAUUGAGUAGGUGGGGCUUGUCACCUUGUCACCAGAGGAGAUGCCAUCUUGUCUAAAAGGCUGUCAUUCAUAUACACAACAUACACAAGUUCAAGGACUUACUGAAGCACAGCAUGCCAUGUACAGUAGGCUAUGUCACAGGUUCUGAAAGCGUUUCCAUCGGCAACAACUUGAUUACAGGUGAAGUUCCUGAAACGUAAUUCAGUCCCUGCUUGGAAGGUGAUACUAACAUCUGAGUUCCAGGAAAUUUUAGGAGGAGGUAACGUUAGCGGUGCUGUUGACUUAAUUGGUCCAAGUGGUGACUUGGCAACACAUAAAUGAAAACAUGCACUAUCAGAGAACUACAGCACAAAGCAGCCAUUGAAAAACAAACAUCCAAAACAAACGGCAAAACAAUGCAAACUGCAAGUUGUACUAACGGGUGCACGUCCUGAUCAGAAUCUGGGGAGAAUAAAGUAUCUACUCAUGGCAACAGCAGCCAGAGGAGGCGGCUUUUCUCCACUAGGCAAAACAAGGGAGAUCCGCCCGCUGCCACUUCAUGACACCAUGAAGUGGUAAUUUGGUAACCAGGUUGUCCUAUGUAACUAUGGCAACCAGAGUUCUGGAGUGCUGUCCCCAUGUUACCAUAGUAACCAGUGUCUUGAAGUGCUGUUCCCAUGUAAGCCAGUUCUGUGUAACUAUGGUGAAUGCUGUUUCCAUGUAACUAUAAUGAGUUAAUAAGAGCUCAGCCCGUGGUUAUUUUGCAAAGGCAAACUUUUGAGUCAGCCUUCUGCAUAAAAAGAUGUUGGCUUAAUGUUGGGAAGCGCACAGUACUUACAAAGCCAGACUCCAGGGACUGCAGCCACUGUAAUGAAAUGUCAUGUACACACACAGCUGGACAUCCAAGCUCUUGUGGGCUAAUUGUUAAUAGAAUUACACUUUUAGAGUAGUGGUUUUCAAGAAAUGGUGCUGGCUUAUGAUACAUCACAAAGGCAUUUUGUUUUAAUGGUGAAUGUAUUCUUCGGCCAACUCAGAAUCAUAUAAAACACUGCCAGCGUCAGGCGGAAAACCACAUUUGACACAUUCAUCAUUACAGUACAGCUCACAGCUACUGCAUGCUAACAUAGAAAAUGCUGUUGAAGUGCUGCAAGAUAUUGGAGAUUGUAUGUAAAAGUUGAGCCGGGUUCAACUUUAAGAAUUGUGCGGUGCAAACAUUAUCCAAUGUUCCUGCCUUAGACAUUCGCUGUUGCUAAAACCACAGAACAACAUAGGAAUGUUUUUCUUUUUCUUUUUCUUUUUUUUUUUUUUUGCUUGUCAGUACAGAAAUUAGAAGUUGAGUAUCUUAGGCUUGCAGCAGACAGUGUCAGCCUAGAAGUGCAGCAGUAGAAUAAUUUCAGAAUCCCAGAUUGCACUAUGAAACGGUUUAGAUUUUUUUUUUUUUUCUGCAUGGCCAAACAGGAACUAACUGUGGUUUACAUGAUUGAUGAUCUCUGAAUUAGAAAAUUACACUUAAAUUUUAAUUUAGCUUGAUUCUUAAUGCCAACAGAGCUGAUGCUUUCAACUUGAGUUUCAAAUAAGCUAGGAUUUUAGUAUUGCUGUGUUUUAGACCAGGGCCUAAUGGCACUUGCAAAUACAUUGUAUUGUUUGUUUUUUUAUUUUCCUAGGUGUCAGAUGGGGUUUGCCACAUGGCACAAUCCAGUGAGCUACAGAAAGUUAGAGCAAUCACAGGAAAAGACUUAAGAAAUCCUUUUGUACACUUUCCUGUGACUGACAACACACUCUAGACACUCUGAAUUGUCCAGAGGCAGUGAACUACAUCUGGCACUCCACGCAAGUUAAAGCAAAUGCUGCAAAUUAUUUUUACUGAGUGAUAUUGAUGUAUUGAGUACCUACAGAGACCCCCCUCGGCACAGCUGUGGUAAUAUUUGCUUGUGAAUUAUGGAUAUGAUAUUAGGGGUAAUUGCACGCUUGUGGUCCUACAAAAGAACAUUAAAAGACAAAAACAAUUUUCCAUGCAUUAAAAAGCAUCACAAUGUUAAAAAUCAAGUAUAUUCAUGCAGAGAUGUGACUGAUAGCACAGAAGGCUUAAUUAUAUUCCUAUAGGUCAGUAGUAUUGGGAUUUCAUGUCAAAAAUUAGCUAAACUGAUAAAGCUUUUAAUUACAGCUUUUGAUUCUAGGGCUUUAUUGGCCUCAGUGUUGAAACAAAAAUGCCAGCAAAAGUACAGAUCACACUGUCCCAAGAAAUACACUGUUCUAUGUAAUUUCAGGGGGUGGUGUGGCACCAACACUGCCAGGAUCAAGGAUUUGAUUCCCACUGGGGCCAAACAUACUGAAAUGUAUGCACGCAUGAAACUGUAAGGCAUUUUGGACAAAAGGCCAAACACCAUGCUCUAUGUUUUCAACCGUAUAAACGUGCACCUUAUGGAGUAUACACAGAAUAAUUUAGUCACAGUAUUGGGCUGUGAGAGAUUCCUCCAAACUCCUCUAGGUGGCAGCACCAUCACAGCUGGCCAAGAGUCCAGUGAGACCAGCGGUCCUGGUUUUGUCAGCUUUGUAACCAGCAUGACAUUUUUUACUGCAUGGAAAAUCCUCCUGAAAUGAAGAAACGGGUGAUAUCUAUCUUAAAAAAAAAAAAAAAAAAAGAAUUACAUAAAAUGAAAAACAAAUUAUGUUUUAAUAAGCAGAAAACAGUUUAAAGUCCCUCGUUGGCAAAAUUAUGUCAUAUUUUAAAAGUGGUUCAUCUACAUUUUAGAGAGACUGGAGGACAAAUUUGAGCAUUUAUCUUGAGUGGAAUGCAUUAAAUGGAUAUAUAGAGUUUGAAAAUAAAACCUUUCCAUGAUGUCAGACAAUGUUGUAAAAUGUAUUCUUUUUCUGUCUAAAUCCAGAUAAUGACGGGUUAAUUUGAUUUGUCUCAGUAACCGUCAGGCCUGUUCUGAUGAAUGUACACAUGCCACUUUGACACACGUCAUGUACAGGAUGUAAACAUGUUGCAAUAUAAAAUACAGCGAUCAUGUGACUUCUGGA